GAGGCAGAGGCGCGGCUGGAUUAUACAUCAUCCAGGUUGCUGGUGGCGCUCCAGACUAGGACGACUGAAUAUUGGGGGAGGAUGACGGAGGAGGGGGGAUCCCCCUUGAGCGGAAGAAGUCGUGCAGAGCCCCUGGCGCUGUAAGCCACGGGGACGCAGCAUGGAGCCAUCCUCGCAGCGCCUGGUGCAGCCCCCGCUGUAGGUGUCCCCAGCAGGCGGGCUGGAGAUGCUGGGAGUGAGCCGGACAGGGCUGUUGACCCUGGGCCCGGAGCUGCUGGCCCUGGAGCAGCAGCUGCACAAGUUGCUGGCGGAAAAACAACCGGCUUCGCUCAGCUGCCGGCCUCCCUUCUGGGCUGCACCGCCUCCAGAGCCUCCGCCUGGGCAGCAUCCGCCUCCCCCCACCACCAUGAUAACCCCUUGGAGGAGGUUGUAGGUGUAAAGUAAAGCGUGCUGUCGAGUCGAUUUCGACUCCUGGCGCCCACAGAGCCCUGUGGUUGUCUUUAUGAAAAACAGGGGAGGAGCCCUGCUGGAGCAGCCCCCAAAGACAUCCAGACCAGAAUCUUGUUUCCAGCCUUGGCAAGUUCGGUACUGCUGGAGAAUGAAGUUUAGAAUUCUUGUAUCUUGGAGGGAACUUCAUUACUUCAAUCCUACUGGAGUUAGCAAAUCUGCCUUCAUUAAGUUACCUAGUCCUCUGUGAUAACAAGAUGCAGAGUGUUCCACCCCAGUUGGCACAGAGAGCUCAGGAAAGAGGAGUUUCAAAUAAUUCUGGCUGCCAUUGGAUAUUCUGUGACCCCAGCUUCUUGGGGCAACUUGCCCUCUUCAACAGCGUACCUAGCACUGCCCAGACGAUGUGGUUGCAUGAAGGCUUUGGAUGUGCUCUGGAGAUGGGAUUCAAUUACUCCAACUCGUGUGACAACAGCUCUGGAUGCCAGGAAAAGCAGCAGAAGGCCCUACAGGAUCUCUGUACAAUAACAAUUACAUCCUCUGGCAGCAAUUGUAAGAGCUCUCCCGCCUUGUCAGCUGCUUUCUUGGGAAUUGUAUGGAUUUUUCUUACUGGUGGAGUCCUGCUUAGUUUCUUCUUUCUCAUCUUCACAAUUCACUUCAGAAAGAAUAGGAUUGUGAAGAUGUCUAGUCCCAACCUAAACAUCAUGACUCUUCUGGGCAGUGCCUUGACUUACAGUAGUGCUUACCUCUUUGGGAUUGAAAAACAGAAUCCAUUAACCAGACAAUCCAUGGAGAUGCUUGUUCAGGUGAGAAUCUGCUUGCUCUGUAUUGGGGGCUCCCUGGCUUUUGGCCCCAUCCUGGGAAAAAGCUGGCGGUUAUAUAAAGUGUUCACUAGGCAGGUUCCGGACAAGAGAGUGAUUAUUAAAGAUUUCCAGCUGUUAGUGAUGGUAGCAGUGUUAGUGCUGGCUGACAUUAUCCUGCUUUUGACAUGGAUCUUCUUAGACCCAGUCCAGUGUCUCCAAAGUCUUAAUGCAGAUCUGAAGGUAACUGAGAAAGGUCUGACUUGCACAGUGAACCAAGGAUACUUCUGUACAUCUUUGUAUUCUGAUCUUUGGCUUAUUCUCUUCUUGGGAUUUAAGGGUAUCCUGUUGAUGUAUGGGGCCUACCUUGCUGGUCUGACAGAUGAUGUCAGCUGUCCACCAGUCAAUCAGUCCCUGACGCUCAUCAUUGGGAUAACGACCAUUUUCCUCUCUACUGGAAUUAUGCUGGUGGUGAUUCGGUUUUUCCACUUAUGGCACAACCUGGUCUUUGGAUUUAUCUCAGGAGGGAUCUUGGUCUGUACAGCUACAAUCAACUGUUUGAUCUUCAUUCCACAGCAGGUCAGACAAUGGAAAGCUUUUGAAAACCAGAAAGAUGACAUCAGCAACAUGGCCAAAUAUUUUACCAGUUCCAGCAAGCACUUCCACUCCACAAUGUACAGCGAUGAGGAGAUCUACCAGUUGCUAGGGGAGAAGAAUUCCAUGAUGCAGCUGCUUGUAGAGAAAGAUACAGCAAUUGCAAGCCUUCAGGAGCAAGUGAACAGUGCUAAGGAGAAGCUGAUGAGACUUGUGGCUAUGAAAGAAAACGACAAUGCUGCUGACUGCCCAUUUCCUUCUACUGCUCAUUUACUGCAGGGUCACUCUGUAACCAGUUGCUCUCCCACGACAGCUGAAAGCCCAUCAAGAGAUCCUUCUUCAUCUGGCCAGGAACUAAAGUCAUGGCAAUAUCCUAAGCUCUCGCAUUCACAGUGUGAUCCAGGAUCUAUUAGUACAAAAAGUUGCAUUAGUUAUCUGGAAUGUAGAAGUCAAUGGAAUGUACCACCAGAGAUUGCUUCCAGGUACAGACUAUUGAACAGAUCAGAGAAUAUUGCAGAUCACUCAAGUGCCAAAGAUGACCAAGGUCAAUGGCUCUCCCAAUACACCACCACACUUAGCAUGAACACACUACAAGAACCACUUGGACAAAGUUCUCCAAAGUUCUCUUCUCUGAGUAGGGAAACAAAGCAAUCACUGCCUUUACUUCUGACCAAAAAGCAGCUCCCAGGAAUCGGCUAUAUGAAUGGUGGAAAGCUUCAGGAAUCCUUCCAAGAGCUGGAUAUGAACCACAUUACUGUUAUGCAGGCUUCCCCCAAAGGGUAUGAACAAAGUCCAGAUUGUGGAAAGUACAUGGUGUGGCAGCCCCAGGAGAUUCAGGAAGACAAUUUUACUAAGCUCCAUCCUUUUAAGACAAGGCAGGAGGAGACAGUCUCCAUCCCUCAGUUUGGCUCUUUGGCUCCUGAAACUUGGUGUUCUGUGAACAAAGCAGCCAGAAGAACUCAAAGCAGCGGUCCUGGAUUAACAGAACUUCCUUGGGCUGCAGCAAGUGACAGUAAGGAUGGACGUUCUUUGCAUCAGCAGCCCUCCGUCUCAUUGUCAGUGCUUAAGAAAAUGCUUCACUACAAGGCUGAAACCUGGUCUGAAUGUUCAAGUAAUGAAGGGCAUGGCUGGUUGUUAGACAAGCACCAAGUGGAGAAUUGUGGGUCCACACUAUAUCCUACCAGCCCUAAGGACCUCCAUCACAACCAGAGUGUUCUGAAACACACCAGAUUAGAUUCAGGACUCGUUUGUCCGGAUUCUGGCAGCAGCUCCUCUGGGAGUCUGAUCCAUUGCCACCAUAGACAGUACUGUGAAGUUUGCCACCACACCCUGUCUUCCUCUAGUGACAGCUCCGUCACUGACACAGACCUGGAGCCGGGUAUGGCCCUAGACUACUGUGCAAAACUUUAUGGCAAGCCUCAGCCCAUUGUUAACUUCAAUGAGGAUUUGGAGCCCACCUAUGUGUAAAUGUUUGGAAAGUUCAGAAAUAUGAUAAUGGUGGUGGUGAGAAAAUGCUUCCCCUCUCCAGAACUGAAGUGGGAACUUUCCCUUCUCAUGUUGGCCAUUCCCAAACUCAUUAAAAAAAUUUCUAUCCAUCCAAAACACACAUGCCUUUUUUCUUUAAAAACAAACAAGAAUUUCACUGUGUGACCAAAAAAAAAAAUCCCUUCCCCUCAAAUCCAGAAACUGCCCACUAAUUGUGACUACUUAUACAGUACUCAGUAUUUGCACCUAUGGAUCUGCCUGCAAUAUCAGUUACCAGAGCUUACCAUAGAUUAUGGCUGCCAGAUCCUUGGCCUUUGGAAAGGGAUUCAAUUUGCAGAUAAGAUGAAACUGGUAACCUGUGCUUCUGGAUACAUCAAUCACUUGAAUAGCACAAGGCCCAAGACUACUCCCAGACCCUGAAUGUGAUAUAUCCAGGUUUCACCAAAAACCUAUAAGGAACACAUACUACCAUAAUAUUAGAUGAUGAUAAAUAUCUUUUCUAGUGCAUCAACUGCUAGGAGUGCUUUGAGUUGCAAAAACUCACCAUUGGGUGCAUGUAUAUAGCAGCUGGAUAUGGGGGACCAAUAAAUAGUAUUUCAGUAAAAUACUAAAAUCUGAUAAUGUAGUACAUUUGAUUUACAACAUACAUUGUCAAAAUCUAAAUUUAAAACUUUCUGCUACUAAACCUUUUAAAUAAAUUGUGUUUCUUUAGAACUAAA